ACUACGGCAGGAGGCUUGAAUUUACACUUUCUACCAAGAUAUUGACAUAUUGACGUAUAAUGCCAGCUGGACUAUCUUGGCCACGCUACAUUACGUUUUGUUCAGUGGCAAUGAUUACAAUGCUAUCCGGCGCACAAUGGGUUCAUCAAAUCUACAGACCGCUCGACGAUCUGGAGGAUCUCGUCGAACAGAGAUUAAAAGAGAGACGGAAGGAGCUACAGAAGAAAUAACUUUAUAGAAUAAUAUAUUAGCAUAUAAUUAAUCACUUUUCUUGUGAAUAUCGAGUGAUUAAUAAAGCAGAUAC